GCAGCUUAUCGUUGAAAUAGGUAUAUGCAUUGUCAUGAUCCCGACGAGCAAACCCCGGAACUCUUCUCAGUGCCUAGAGUAGGCAUUAACAAAGUAUGCAGUUGGAUUAAGUGCAGAUUGCAUAUUGAUUGAAAGGCAAAAGCAAUCAUUAAGUACUCAUCCCAUGGACACAUUCUGUUCCUUCAUCGGGCCCGUACUCUCUCAAAUAAGUGCCUACAUAAUACGCACUGCCCACAUGUAGGUAUAUACGUAACGUACUGCGAGGUAGUUCUUGCCAGCAUACCGAUUGUGCUACGCUUCGCCGAGGAGGAAAUGCCAACCUAGUAUCGAGACUAUUAACAUUGAUACGGAAAGAUACUCGUGUAGCGCGAGCUUCAAUGCUAUUCUGACGCAUUGCCGUAAAUUGCCUUUUUUUCUUUUCUCGAAAAUAAUGAAACAAAAGGCGGCGUAUUCGGUAUUCUCAUAUCGACCAUUAGAUAUCUUUUCUUACUCGAAAACGCGAGUCCUUAGCUCCCAAGCUCAUAGUUGCCAAUGGUCAUUAUUCACUUACAUCUUCUUCGGCUCGGUCCUAGUAGUCUCUAGACAAUGGAGGAGCUGGAGGAGCUACACGGCGACUACAAACAUAAUCCAUGCCGGGACGUAGGCGUUCCCGCAACCUUGAAGCAUGUUCAUCUUUUAACUGCCGUAGGCCAAUCCAGUAUGCUUGACUUUGGUUGCCGCCGAUGCUUAUAUUUCCAUUGCUAAACAAAGGGGAACUGCUAGUGCCGCGUGAGUAUAAUCGACAGAUGCUUAUCUUCGAUUUCCCCAACACCUCGAAUGCUGCUAUCCGGAAUGCUGUCGCUGCGAUACGUCGUGGGCUCGAAGUUGUUUUCAAGCCCUGGCCCUUCAUGCGGGGAAGGCUGGGGCCCUUGUUCCAUCCUCACAAAGCCGGCCUGGUUCAAGUGCGAUAUUGUGACCUAGAUGACCUCUCGGAAGUUCUAUCCGAUGUGUUCAGGUGGAAGGUUUAUGAAGACGGCCCUGGCUUCAACUACAAAGAGCUCAGGGAAAGCGGCAUGCCUGUGUCUCAUUGGAAGAUGGAAGACUUUUGCAUGGCGCCAGCGCAAAUUACUCUGAAUGAAUGGCCACCAGUAUGCACUGUACAGGCGACCUUUCUCAGGAGCGGUGGCUUGGUCCUUUGCUGGGCCUUCCAGCAAUGCGUUAUAGAUAACCGAUCCAUCAGUCGAUUCUUCCAACGAUUCGCAAUAGGCAUCCGUAAUGAGUUCAGCGUACUCAGACUUCCUGAAUAUCAAGUUCCCAGCAUCUCCCAAUACAUCAAAACUACUGUUGUCGAGGGCUUUGAAGCAUUUCCAGAAUGGCACAUCAUUGGCGACAAGGUCCAGGAUAUUAUUCAAUAUCCAAAGAAUCCUAGAACUUGCAUUUUUGCAAUGAAGGACGAAACUGCCCAACUAUUGAAAAACGCCGUACUGAAGUAUCUUCAAGAUCCAACCGCCUUUCAGCAUACUAAAGGUAUACAAGAAUGUGCCGUGGCGCUGCUCUGGGCUGAAAUUACUCGAACACGAUACGUCAACUUGAAAAUAUCGAACUUGGAAUCAAGACUCUUCUCUCCAGUAGAUGCUCGCGAGAAGCUGUCACCGUCACUACACAAAUCGUACUUUGGCAACAUGUCAUUUACUGCAGUUGCUACAAGGACAGCCAGCCAGCUCAUUAGCCUCAGGUGCCAUUCAGGGCAUUUGACGGAAGACCGCUCGGCAUUCAUAGCUCAGGUGGCGACCGCCGCCGUGGCCUAUUUCCAGAGUAUUAAAAGCCUGAAUAAUGAUGAGAUUCGGCGCCGUUUGACGUUACUACAUCAACUAAGGAGGCCCAUUGACGCCCACGAGACCUUCCACGAGGCAGCUCGAUCCUGCAUGACCGGUAUUAGAUUGUUGUAUUCACACGACAUUGAAGCGUUUCCUGAUUUCGGCAUCCCUGGCGCAGGGAGGUGUGGUAUUGACAAAGCACCGAGAUGUAUACGCAAGCCGUGGUUGUAUGAUGUUAACACGAUAUGCCUCAUGCCUAAACAGUGGUUACCAGGACUUGGUUUUUGUUAGGAAUUCACGAUCUGUUUAGAGGAUUGGGAGAUGGAGAUUUUGCGGAGAAGACUCGAGUCAGGACCAUGGGGUUUUAAAGUCGUAGACGAUUCACGUGUCUCUUCAGCCUCAUAAGGGUUUCGCCUGUUGUAUUACGCCCAGACAAGGAAAGAGCCUUUCUGGGGAAUAGGGGUAAACUGGCGUGUAAACUGGCGUAUCUUACUAUCGUUUACGGCUCCGUCAAUAGGCAACCUGGAGUCCCAUGCUGGAGACAAUUGGGCGUCAGGCUUUGUGGGGUGAAGAGGAUUCGACACGUUGGUGUGGAUGAGUGAUUGAAUGUUGGGCGCGUCGAACAUUAAUUUCUUACCCACCCAAAUGUCUAAAUACGAAGAAUGCUAGAUGCCUAUGUUGGUAGCUCCAUGAAUUCAGACGAAAUAUUGGAUUUUAUAUGUUUAUACUAUCUCCCGAUGACUUUUAGGGAUGAAUGAUAUAUGUAACAUU